GCAAACUAAUUCUUCUGAAUAUCAUCUCAUCUCACCUCACUACUAUUAAACUCUCAGAAAACACAAAGAGCAAUGAAGCUACAAUUAGAUAUCUUGCUAGCCACGGCACUUACCAUUGCGACAGUUUCAAUGGUUAUAGCCCAAGUCCCUCCCGAUAAACAAUUCAGAGUCCUCAACGAACCAUCCUACGCCCCAUACAUCACAGAGUACGACGCUAGCUACCGUUUCCUCAGCUCAGAGAACCAGAGCUUCUUCACACUGCCUUUCCAGCUCAUGUUUUACAACACCACCCCUAGCGCCUACGUCUUAGCUCUCCGAGUCGGAACCAGGCGUGACUUGGAUUACACACGUUGGAUCUGGGACGCAAACCGGAACAACCCCGUGGGAGAUAACUCAACUCUCUCACUCGGCCGCGACGGAAACCUCGUGCUCGCUGAGUUAGACGGCCAAAUAAAAUGGCAGACUAACACAGCCAACAAAGGCGUCACCGGAUUCAAGAUCCUCCCCAAUGGUAACAUGGUGCUACACGACAAAAACGACAAGUUUAUUUGGCAAAGCUUCGACUAUCCGACCGACACGCUUCUUGUCGGCCAGUCGUUAAAACUUAACGGAGUUAAUAAACUCGUUAGUCGUACAUCCGACAUGGACGGCUCAGAUGGACCGUACAGUAUGGUGCUCGGUGACAAAGGUUUAACAAUGUACGUUAACAAAACCGGACAGCCGUUAGCUUACGGUGGAUGGCCGUCACAGGACUUCCGCGGCACCGUCACGUUCGCCGUUAGAAGAGAGUUUGAUAACUUAACGGAGCCGUCAGCUUACGAGCUCCUCCUAGAACCAGCUCCACAACCGACAACGACGAACCCUGGUAAUAACCGCAGGGUACUCCAAGCCCGACCAAUAGGAACUGGAAGCGGAACUAUAAACCUAAGCAAAGUCAACUACAACGGAACUAUCUCGUAUCUAAGACUUGGAUCAGACGGUAGCCUCAAGGCCUUCUCGUACUUUCCUCCCGCUACGUAUCUCGAAUGGGAAGAGAGUUUUGCUUUCUUCUCCAAGAACUUCGUCCGUCCAUGCGGCUUGCCGUCGUUUUGCGGCGAGUUUGGAUAUUGCAGUCGAGGAAUGUGCGUUGGGUGUCCUACACCCAAAGGUUUGUUUGCUUGGAGCGAGAAAUGCUCAGCACCUAAAACGACUGAGUUUUGCGGCGGGAGAAACAAGGGUAAAACGGUAAAAUAUUAUAAAAUUGUCGGUGUUGUGCAUUUUAAUGGUCCGUAUGUUAACGAUGGACAAGGACCAGUUUCUGUAAACGAAUGCAAGGCAAAAUGCGAUCGUGAUUGCAAGUGUUUGGGUUACUUUUACAAGGAGAAGGACAAGAAAUGUUUGGUCGCUCCUCUUCUUGGUACGCUCAUCAAAGACGCUAACACUUCUUUUAUUGGUUAUAUCAAAUAUUAGUUUGUUCUCAGCGUUAUUUAUUCAUCAAGACCAACGUGAAUUUGUAAUAAUUCACCGUUCAAUGAUGUAUGACGUUUCUAUUUAAUCUAAAAGCAUUUGGCUAUAUUUACCAUCUA